AUGGCGUAUGAAGGCAAAACCGGUUUGGACUGGUUCCUAACAUCAUGGAAGUCCCUGGACAAUCCGACACCAGGCAAUUGCUCCUAUAGGAUUGACCCAACGUGCUACCCUCAAUUAUUUUUGUACAAGGAUGGGGUUCCAUACUGGCGUGCCGGAUCAUGGAUUGGAGAUCAGUUGAGCGGCAUACCUGAAACAAAUAACCAUUACAUCUUCAACAGAAGCUUUGUAAAUGACCCAGACGAAAUUUCUAUAAUGUAUGGCAUCGUUAACGCAUCAAUCAUCACAAGAAUGGCGCUCAACGCGUCAAGGUCACUCCAACGAUCCACAUGGCAUGACCGAGAUCAGCAGUGGAUAGAUUACUGGUAUGCUCCGAAGGACCAGUGUGAUUAUUACGGCAAGUGUGGGCCCAACAGCAACUGCAAUCCGUAUAACAUGACACAAUUCGAGUGCACAUGCCUGCCAGGGUUUGAGCCCAAGUCCCCCGGCGAUUGGUACCUAAGAGAUGGAUCGGCAGGGUGCACAAGGAGGGGUGGGGUGUCAGUGUGUCGAAGCGGGGAAGGAUUUGUGACGGUGGCACUCGUGAAGGUGCCAGACACUUCGAAAGCACGUGCUAACUUGAGCUUGAGCUUGAAGGAGUGUGAGGAGGAAUGCCUGAGGGAUUGCUCCUGCACAGCUUACGCUAGUGCCAAUGAGAGCCUGGGAGGUUUUGGGUGCCUCAUAUGGCAUGGUGAUUUAGUCGAUACAAGAACAUUUGCCGGCACAGGUCAAGAUUUAUAUGUACGGGUCGAUGCGGUUGAGUUAGCUCGUUAUAGGAAAGCAAAAUCCCUCAGCCGAAAGGCAACAGUUGCGAUAGUUCCGGUUUCAAUUUUGACAGCUCUACUGCUCGCCGGUUCUUUCUUGUACCGCUUGGUGAUCAAGAAGAGAAAGGUGCGAGAUUGCAGAAGCCAUAAUCCACUAAUGAGUGAUAUCAUGAAUCCAACACAUUUGGACGGCUCUCGGAGUGUAAAAGACCCCGACGACGGACCCAGAGGAAACGGAGAUGUGCCACUCUUUGAUCUGAGCACCAUAGCUUCAGCAACAAACAAUUUCUCCAUCCUCAGUAAGCUCGGUCAAGGCGGUUUUGGAUCAGUAUACAAGGGCGUUAUGGACAAUGGAACGGAAAUAGCGGUCAAAAGACUAUCGAAACAUUCAGGACAAGGAGUUGAGGAAUUUAAGAACGAAGUCCGGUUGAUUGCGAAGCUUCAACACCGGAACCUGGUGAGACUACUUGGCUGCUGUGUCGAAGAAGACGAGAAAAUGCUAAUUUACGAGUACAUGCCGAACAAAAGCUUGGAUGCCUUCCUUUUCGGUACAUCCUCUGCUCUCCCACUAGCUAGAAUACUCCGAUUUCGUACAUCAACCCAUGACGACAAACCAUGGUUUGCUGAUAUCUUGAUCUUGGUCCAGACACAACGAAAAGAUCGAGGCUGGAUUGGAGGAAACAGUUCGAUGUCGCAUCCGGGGUGGCUCGAGGACUCUUGUACUUGCACCAAGAUUCAAGGCUCAGGAUCAUCCACCGAGACUUAAAGGCCAGCAACGUCCUACUUGACACUGCAAUGAAUCCAAAGAUAUCGGAUUUUGGUAUGGCUAGGAUAUGCGGGAAGGACCAAAACCAAGGAAACACAAAUCGAGUAG